AAACUAUUACUGUGGACGUUAGAUGCCGCGCUGUGACCGUGGUUUACGAGUGUCACAGCUGUUGUAGUUACUAGUAAACUAACUUUUAGGUUUGGCCUUUGUACUUUUCCUAGCCCGCGCGUGUACACCUAACGAUAAUGUCAUGUAAGUUAAUGAUAACAUGAGAGGAAACGAAGCAAGGCUAAUCUAGGGCUACCUAAAGGAAACAGAACCAUCAUGGCGGCUGCUACAAGGCUCAUAUCAAGGUUGACACUGGUCACUGGAGGAGGCAGUGGGAUUGGACGGGCUGUGUGUCAGCGCCUUGCUUCUGAAGGUGCCUCUGUGGUGGUCGCUGACAUCAGCGAGGAGUCGGCAAACGAGACCCUGGGGAGCCUGCCGAGUGACCUCAGAGGACAGACACACAUGGCUGCUGUGGUGGAUGUGUCAUCAAAAGAGAGUGUAAAGAAUCUGGUCACAAGUAUACAGACACACUACUUUCAGCCGCCCUCCGUGUGUGUGAACGCAGCAGGCAUCACCCAGGACGACUUCUUGCUCAACAUGGAGGAGGAUCAGUUUGACAAAGUCAUCCAGGUCAACCUGAAGGGUUCAUUCUUGGUCACUCAGGCUGUUGCUCAGGCUCUUGUAGCCUGUGGCGCACCCAAAGGAUCCAUCGUCACUGUGGGCAGCAUCGUGGGAAAGGUGGGAAACAUUGGACAGGCAAAUUACGCUGCCUCUAAAGCUGGAGUGGAGGGUUUAACCAGAACCGCUGCCAAAGAGCUCAGCAGGUUUGGGAUUCGGUGUAAUUGUGUGCUGCCAGGUUUCAUAUUGACUCCGAUGACUGAUAAAGUUCCAGAGAAAGUAAUUACAAAGAUGAAGUCCUUGGUGCCUCUGGGAAGAAUGGGUGAACCUGCAGAGGUCGCUGAUGUCUGUGCCUUUCUAGCUUCAGAUGACUCUCGAUACAUCACAGGUGUCAGCAUGGAAGUGACAGGUGGACUUUUCAUGGGAUAAAUCGGCUGUCUGUCACACUGAUAAAGACCGAUGGCACGCCAGUUCAUCAUAGUUGAUUUAAUUGUUGAAAUGAUUUUACUUUAUUCUCUGUUUAGUUAUACUUUGUGUUGAUGAUGCUCUACAAAUCUAAUGUGAACAUACACUGUACUGGAUGAUACCACACUUUGUGCCAAUAAACAGUUUGCUGUUUGUAAUAUUUCUCUACAAACUGCUGCAUUUUGAUUUGAAAACUCAGAAUUUUUACUCAACCAUUUUGAUGUCA